CAAAGCCUCUUAUAUGUCCCCAUCCCUUUCUGCCCACUCCUUUCUCUCCCGUCUAUCAUCUUUUUUGGCUUCAUUGCACUGUUGUUCUCCAACUCCUCCUCUAUCCCUGUUCUUUUUCUCUCUGUGCUUCUGUCCCUCAUUUUUUCACCAUACUGUGCCUUUGUCCUGCAGCCAAUGACUUUUUUCUCUUUCUUCAUGUGUCUCCCUAUACACCUCUCCAUCUGCCCUUCAGAGUUCUCUCUCCCUUACUCUCUGUCUGGCUUUAUGACCCUAUUUUUUUAUUUCUUCUUUCUCUGCCCCAUGUUCUUGAGAUCCUUCUUGUUUCGUAGAGACAGGGACCUGGAAUGAGCUAAUCUACAUUUUAAUUUCUUUCUUUUAAUUUUCCUCCUUACUAUUCUCUCAUGUCAGGCACAGAGAGCUCCAAGACAUCCAAGCUGGUCAAAGCUGAGCCUGCUGGCAAUACUGGUUGGACCUCUGUGAUGAUGUAUUUCAGAAGGGCUAAAAAAUGCUGGACAGAAGCUUUGAUAGCAAAAAUGUCAGUGUGAAACAGGGACACAAGAUGUAUCUGAGUCUGCAGGUAGUUUGGGCAAUCCCAGAAUUCGUAUAUAUCCCAUCUACCAAGGGGAAGAACAGAGUUUGAGAAGAGGCUCCUGGACACCUCCGCUCUUUGCUGUGCCCUAUGACAGUCCCAUUCCCAAGCCAAAUAUUUAUGUCUAGAGCACUGCAAUACCUCUGGCGAAGAAGACAGCUGAACGUCUUGCCAAAUAAUGUCUGCGGACACAUACAAAAUCUGGAAUGAAAACCAAAAUGUUGAUGCUGGCCUACAAACAAAAGCUGGACUUUGAGUAGAGCUUUCAAGGUCAGUGAGAGGAAUUACAACUAUUGGUGUAAAGUCAUUGCUGUGAAGACAUCAUAGCGAUAGUUCAACUUAAUCACCAGGAAAAAGCUCUACAAGAGAUGGAGGAACCUGAGCCAUGGUAUUCUAAGCAAGUGUAUGCAAGAUACUGGAAGCAGUAUGACUUUGCCAUGCGCUGGAUGCGUAGGCACCAGAAAGCCUACAGGAAAGCCAUGGAAUCCUUAUAUCGCCUACCAUGGCAUCCUUCUGCAAACCCUGCAAAUAGCCACUACUCAGAUUGGGAUGGGAAUGAUCUCCCACAUACCCAAAACUAUUCUUCCAGAUAUAGACCACGUGGCAGAGCUCCGUACUAUGAGGGAGCUCCGCAGUACACAGAUGCUCACCAAGGGAAGGAGGAUGCUGACAGGGACUCUGAAGCAGAGGAGGACUCGGAGUCUGAAGUGGAGAUAGAAUAUGACUUGAGUAACAUGGAGAUCACAGAGGAGCUUCGCCAGUUUUUUGCACAGACAGAGAGGCACCGCGAAGAGCUGCGGAGACAGCAGCAGCUAGAAGCUGAGCUCCAGUAUGUGGAAGCUGAUCAAGACCUUCACAAAAGGACAGAGCGUUCUGUGCAGCCGCCUGCAGAAAGACCUGGGGAGAGGCGAAUGGCAGAAAUGAAGAAACUGUAUGGUGCUGAAGCUGCAAAAAUCCAGGCAAUGGAGGCUGCCAUGCAGCUUAUCUUUGAUAGAAAUUGUGACAAAAAGCAGCCCAAAUACUGGCCCAUUAUUCCCCUUAAGCUGUGAGUAGCUGGACUAUGCUCUGACCUGGCACAGAACUGUAGGCAUGGGUGCCUCAGUCAUGUUGUGCUGCUGAAAGAAUAUACAGCAUAUUUUGGGUUUGAUUGCACUUUGGGGAAGAGACCAGUAAGAGUAGCGUGUUCCUCUGUUCCUUUUACACUGUCAGCAGUGGUCACAGUCCAUUCUACAUGCAGCUGUCAAGUAGUAAGAGGAGGAACAGUAACGUCAAACCUGUCUAAAGUCUUAUUUUCACUCAUUUGAUACUCACUUGCCUUAACCAUGCUUGCAAGAAACAUAACAUGUCUGUGCUUAGUGAGCUGCAAAAACUUAAGGCAAUGCAGAAAAGACUGCUCUUCUCAUUUAGGAAACUAAAUGAUCCUGUUUUUUAGUCUUACUUAACAUAGUAGCAUUUGGAUUCUGUUUAACACAGCACAACGUGAAGUGUUAUGUCUGCUAAUCUUAAAUUUAUGGGGUUUUUUUGAGAACUGGGAGCCCACUGGCAAAGAUACAACAUAUCAAAUUACUGUAGCCCAGCCAUUUGGAUUCUUUUUCAAAGAUUUAUAAUAAAGCAGGACAUUUUUCUUCCAGACUGAUACUUGUCUGGCAGGAGUUUGACUUUAAAGCAACACUAUAUAGAAAAAUGUUUUAAUAAGGAGUUGAGGAGAGUGGGGGUGAAGCAUGGUGUGGCUCUCUGUUAGAGAUCUCUUUAGCAGAAGAGGAACUUAAGAGGGCAAAGCACUCUCAGGGCCAGUGCCUACAGUGAUUCUUGCCACUCCAGUAGAAAGCAUUUAAUUGGUUUGAAGCUUUAAAGAAGACAGCUUAGCAGACUAAAGGUCCAUCUGUAACUUGUAUAAGGAAGUGUGGAAGCCACUGAGCCCUGAGAGUUAUGUUUAUUGUAGGUGCAGCUUUCCAGUGCCCACCUACAUAGUACAUGCACAAUACUUAACAUAGGCAAGUUAGAUGUGCCUCAGUGUGUACUCACCCAUCUGCACAGGCUGCUUGCCUCCACUCAUGUCACUCAGCUUUUGGUCAGUUGCUUGUGCCUCAACCACAAACCACUUGUGUGUCACACUCCACCUGGUCAGCAGUUUGUGUAAGAGAGGUAGAACUGACCCUUCAAUACUGAUGACUUGUAAAUGUUCAGGGCUUCACUUUCUAAAGACUUUCUGUGAAGCACUGCUGCUGAAGUGCUGCAGUUUGUAUUAAGCAGCAUUUCCACACCAGGUCAAAGCAUCCUUAUGCUGUUUUAAUUGUGACAAACAGCCAUGUCCCUUUCUGGCAACAGAGGAGGGUCACAGCUAAACUCCUACCUUCAGUUCAUGCCCACGGCGUCUGGUGCGCACGUGUGUUUGCAAUGCACACCAGCAGUUAUGUCCUCGGCUGCAGCCAGCUGCACCAAAGCAAGUCUGCAGUGCAGUUUAGAGUAUUUUUGGCUUUGCUAGUAAGGAACUAUGUUUUUUCAAAGUAGCAUUGUCAUUUUGGUUCCACCUUCAUUUUAGAUGCAACAAGGUGGAGUUAGAUUGAACACUGAAAUUCAAAGCCACUGUUGACUGUUGUGACUGAUGUGAAAAAGAUCUGUAAAACAGGAGAGGGAACAGGCCUGUAUUUGUCUGCACUCUUGGUUUUGGUAGGUUUUGUCAAAAAUUCAGUGUGUUGAGUCUCCUUUCGUUAACCAAAUAAAUUUUCUUCAUAACA